AACCAGAUUCUAUUCUUUGACAAUUUCUUGCCCUGAAUUAAUCAUGGCGACUUCGCUGACAAUGCCAUUAACUUCUUCUAGAAUGCUGCACACUUGAACUCCAUCUGUCAUCUAUGACAACAAGAGAUCCAACUUGUGCGUCCGAUCAUUUACCAUCUCUCUCGUACCUUCUCAGCUGAAGAACAGAGACCAAAAUGCAGAAGAUGGUCAACAAAAGAAGCUUGGAAUCAUCUUUGUCGUCUAAGUUGGGUGCCCCAUCCGAACUUCAGAUUCUUGUUUGUGGCGAGCCCUUCACAUCGAGUAAAGAGCUUCUAGCAGCAAAAUCAGCAAAACUAGCUGCUUUGUUCGAGGAAAAAGAUCCCUGCGAAAAUAUAUCUUCCUUCCUGCGAGACAUUUCUGCUGAUCCAAACACCUUUGAGCUUGUGGCAAGGUUCUGCCACGGGUGGGAAGUACAGCUUUCGACAGAAAAUGCAGUACCCCUCAUUUGCCUUGCUUUUUACCUGGAAAUGACUGAAACUCACAGCCCCAACAAUCUUCUGAAGAAGGCUAUUGAUUUUCUCGAAGAAAGAGUUCUCCCAAGCUGGAAUGAGACCAUCAGGGCCCUGCGACUCUCGGAGAAACUCCUUCAGCAAGCUGUGCAUCUUGGCCUUAUUGAUGCCUGUUUAAGUUCAAUCAUUGCAAAGGCACAAGUUGAACCCCACCUUCUCGGAAAGCCAAUUAAGUCCCAAAAUGGAUGAGAGCAGUGAGGGGAGGAAGAUGGGGAAUGUAGACCCAAUGCAAGGAGAAAGCUUUUUGUUCUUGACUGGCAAUCAGAGGAUUUAACAACUCUUCCUCUGCGAUUUUACGAGCUGGUCAUUAAAGCAAUGAACCAAAAAGGCGUCCCGCCAGGAUAUGUGGCUGCAUCUCUUUGCCAAUACGUGAAAAGAUGGAUUUGUUCCAGCCCAACAGGAGGGGAAACCAUGUCAAUAUGCAAGAGGAACUCUCAGAGGGAAGUAAUCGAAGCAGUGGAGAGACUCCUGCCUCACGAACCGAGGCUGCUUCCAUGUACUUUAUUGUUUCAUAUGUUGAACUCUGCAGUCACAUUGGAAGCGAGUGCUGACUGUAGAAAUGGAUUCGAGAUCAGGAUAGGUAGACAACUUGACCAAGCAACUGUGACUGACCUCCUAAUUCCCUUUCAGGGCUAUGCCACAGAAACACAAUACGACAUCGGUUGUGUCAAAAGGAUCCUGAAAAGUUUCUACAUGAACUACACUUGUUUGGAUGCAUCAGGUUUUAUCAAAGUAGCGGAUCUCAUUGAAGAAUUAUUGGCAGAAAUAGCAAGUGACGUGGACUUAGAGGUCAAUUCGUUUCUCGCCCUGGCUGAGAUGUCGCUUGCAGCAUCUUUAGAAAAUCAUACAAAUUCCGAUGGAAUAUACCACGCGAUCGAUAUUUACCUGGACAAGCAUAGAUUCUUGACGGAGUUGGAGAAAGAAGAGGUGUGUCAGGUACUGGACUUCCAGAAAAUGUCUCCCGAAGCGUGUGAACAUGCGGCGCGAAAUGAAAGGCUGCCGCUUAGGGUGGUUGUACAGGUGUUGUUUACUGAGCAGUUGAAGCUACGAGAAACAGUACGGUUUGGAAAGGAUGGAGAAGAAGAGGCAGAGGAAAAUGAAGGGAAGUUGAGCCGUACCGAGGAUGAGUUGAGGAUCGAAAUGGAGAGGGUGAACAGCAAGGUGAUGGAGCUUGAGAGAGAGUGCGGCAUGAUGAGGAAAGAGAUGGCGGACAGAAGCGGCGGCAGUCAUAAGUUGGAGAAGAGAGGGAAAGUUGGUAUGUGGGGAGAGAUAAAGAGGAAGUUUGGGUGCAUGAACAACAUGCACGAUUGUAGCUCUCAAGUGAAGAAGAAGAAGGUGCAUCCUAGGCAUCGCUAAUGGUCUUUUGAAUGUUUCACUUUUUGGGGUAAAAAUGUUUCUUUCGUUUCCAUGUAUAUAGUGGUUUCUUGCAUCCUCAACUGGGCUUAGUUACUAUUAUUCAACUGAUUGUGAUCCUGGUAGCGUUCGUUGGUUCGAAGAACUGUUCUUUGGAGGGAAUGUCAGGGCUAUUUGACAGCUUAACCAAGAUUAUUCAUGUGAACAACUAAGCUUUGUAGAAUUUCAUUAUUAAAUAAUUACUAAUUUGAGAUUCUCUCUUUUACCUAGAUA